AUGCUUCAGUUCUCUAUUUGCCUUGCAGCUACAUACAACGAAUCUCCAGGAGAUAAUAAAGUGUUAUAUUGACUUAUUCAAGAGAAGCAAAGUCUAAUCAGUUUGGAUCGUGAAACAAGAGAAGAAGGUUGCACUUUACAAGAUGGCUCGAAUUUUCUCGACGUGGAUUCUUGGGAUGGUGCUAGUAGCCUUAUUCGGUGGGCAAUCGAUCGAUGCGUAUCUUUGUAUGUGUUCUCCAAUGAGCUGUGUACUGAUCCACCCGAAUACGGACUUUUUCAACAAUGCGGAAAGUUUCUGCUCCACUUUCCGUUCGUCAGCUCAUGAUAUUUCCAUCAUCAAACUGAUGGACACAAAAUUGUCACCGGAUGCAUUCAACAAGUUCCCGAACAUGACAUCGUUGGAGAUUUUUCAAGGUCAACUCGAAAACUUGGACUCUGAAACAUUUAACGGGGCAGGAAACUUGUUGAAAUUGCUGAUCAGAGGUAACAGUUUGACCAGCUUGAAAGAUUAUUCCUUCAAAGGAGCAGACAAGUUGAAGGAUUUAAUGAUCUCGUCAAACCCUGUGACUAAGAUCGAGGAGAAUGCUUUUGCAAAUUUGCGGCAGUUGGAAAUGUUAUUCAUAACCCAUGGAGAGCUAACGUCGCUACCGAAGAAAGUUUUCCAGUACAAUCGAAUGUUGAAAAUUAUUUCGUUAAGCAAUAACCAGCUCCAAUCGAUAGAUUCUGAGGUGUUUGUUGGUUUAGACGACCUCACAAAGCUUGAAUUGCCGGGAAACAAGCUACAGACUUUCGAUUUUAAAUUGUUGAAGGCGUCAGUUAUUGUUAUGAAUAACAACAGUUUAUCAGAUUUGACCAUCAACGAACAUUGCAAUGCGAUGUAUGCGAGCAAUAAUGAAAUUAAAACAAUCACCGUGGCGGGUAAUAACCUCAGUAAGCUUUCAGCAAUCAACAACAAAAUUCGUGACAUCAGUAAUGUAACCAAAGCGGCUAAUUUGACCAGCUUAUCCCUUGGUAGUAACCCGCUAGAUCCGGAUACGACUUUCAGCUCGUUUGUCGCACUUGAAGAGCUUAUGUUGCAGUCUACCUACAUCAAUUUGACUGAAAACACGUUCGCUGAUUUGAAGCAACUUAAAAUUCUGGAUCUAUCCUACAACAAUUUGAAUGUGGCGGAUUUCAGAAUUCUUGGAUCGCUCAGUUCACUGCAAGUUUUGAGCUAUGUGGGUAAUCAGAUCCCUAGCUUCAACUUCAUCGAGGCACGAGAGUACCUGCCCCGACUACGAGUGCUCGAAGUCUGCAAAAACGGCUGGAACAUCACAUAUCUUCAGACGAACAUCCUGAGAAUGCGCCGUUUUCAGCUGAGUCCAGAUGUGCACGGCUUUGCUACUCAUUUCCUGUUCCAGGAUGACUACAUCAAGAUGUGCUCCGAGAAGCUGAUUGAUGACUACAACUACGACGAGUACCAGGAGCAACCUAUCGAUGUAGAGGACGAGAUCAGAGAGUCGUAUCCGAAGGAAUUGACCAUGCCCCCCUCUACCACGACGACCACUAGCACGACAACAACCACAACGACCUCUACCACCACAACCGCACGGCCAACAACGACUUCUGGUGUCGUAGUGAAGACUACGGAGAAUGCGAACCAUCACGUUUUGGAGUACAAUACUGACAUGAGCAAACGGAAGAUGGGUGAUCCUGAACCGCAAAAAGCAACCUCUCCUCUGUUCGUCACAUUCCAGGUGUUGGUCUACAUUCUCUCGGUGGUGGGUUUGGGUGCCCUGGUGACCGUGGCCUAUCUCUGGAGAAAGCGUCAACUUAAUGCUGGACCGCUGGCAGUGAGCACUGAGACGGCGGAUUCUGUGAGAUUGAUAUAAGAAGUCGAGACAUGGUGAUAAGGAGUGGGCAUUUCCAACAAAACAAGUAAAGUGAUAAUCUUUUCGUUGAAGCAAGAGUGAUUAUUGGGACAUUUUUGCGUUGCAAUGAAUGAAGCAGUUGAAUGAAAUCGGUGCGGUGGUGAUAAUCAAGUGUAAACAUAAUUCACUCUUCAAGCUAAUGAUUUUAUUUCCGGUGAUUUUCGUUUGAAUAAAACUGUUUUAAUUGUAUUAUAUAAA